AAUGCUAGAUCUAUAGGCUUUCCGUGAAAACCGCUUCCUAAUAAGUAGUAGUGGUGCGUCGAUAUCGCGAGGCGGUCGCGUUGACUGGACUAGCGCGCGCACAGCCGUGUUAUGUAAAUCGAAUCAUCAUGAUCUCAAAAACUCUUCUACUGAGUGCUAUAUUAUUUCUGAAGGGUGCUGAGGGACAAAAAUCGUCGCAAAGUCCAGCAUUAGAUUGUCCGUCUCUCGAGAAGGGUGACGGCUACACACAAUCAGAGUUUCUGUCUCGACUCGCCCACGAAUGCCGCUACGACCGGCUUCUGCUGCCCACGUACCAGACGGGGGAAGUCGUCUACGUGCAUGCCAGCGCUUACGUCUAUUUCAUACAGCCAGCUGAAGCACAUGAUUUGAAUUUCAAACUACAUUUCCUUCUUCAACUACGAUGGACAGACCCGCGGCUGGCAUACACGCUGUACUCUCCGGAACGUACAAAGAUCAUUGGGGAGAGUGAUCUCCGACAAAGGAUAUGGGUGCCUCACUUGUACAUGUCGAACGAACAGUCCUCCAGCCUCAUGGGCACGGAUAGCAAAGACGUCCUCAUCUCAAUAGCACCAGACGGAGAAGUGUUGUUCAGUCGACGAAUGCAAGCUGUUCUAUAUUGUUGGAUGAAUCUCCAAAAAUUUCCUUUUGACGAGCAAAAGUGCUCUAUGAAUCUCGAAAGUUGGAAAUACAAUGCAUCAAUAUUACGUUUAAUGUGGGAAAAAGACAACCCAGUUCGAUUGUCCACAGAGCUUCACCUGACUGAGUAUUCGUUGCUGGAUUAUUGGACAAACGAAUCCGUAGUUCGAGGCGAUAUAGUAAACAUGCGUUUGGGAGGAGGUAGAUCGGGAAAUUACAGUGCAUUGAAAUUCACGUUUAAGUUGGGCAGAGAAGUUGGUUAUUAUCUUAUGGAUUACUUCAUUCCAUCUAUGAUGAUAGUUGCGAUGUCGUGGGUCACAUUCUGGUUGCAGGCUGAUGCUUCAGCACCUAGAAUUACUUUAGGAACAAGUACUAUGUUGUCAUUUAUCACACUCGCGUCGUCACAAGCGAAGACAUUGCCGAAGGUCUCGUACAUCAAAGCGAGUGAAAUCUGGUUCUUGGGUUGUAUCGGCUUCAUCUUCUCUGCGCUGGUGGAGUUCGCUUUCGUCAACACUAUUUGGCGUAGAAAGAAAGUGGUGGCUCUAAAGAAGGUGAACAGCAAGUACAUCCUGAAGAGCACGCUGACGCCGCGGCUGGCGCGCAAGGAGCUGCAGAAGGAGUUGCAGUCGUCCCCGCAGCUCACCAAGUCGCGCUCCUGCUCCUCCUUGCAGCAGGAGACCAGCAGCGACCCUGCUGGACCUGGGUACAACAACUACCUCACUGUCCAUAGCUUCCCGUCUGCACUGAACUUGCCAACAAUAACGACACAGAGCUACGACGAACUAAUAGCGUCAGGCGGCAGACCCAGGACCGCCGGCAGUGAGGGGUCAGACGAACCCCCCAAACACCACACUUGGACGCAAAUGACCCCGCAAGAGAUCGCCACCUGGAUCGACAAGAGGUCCCGCGUACUCUUCCCACUUCUUUUCAUCUUCUUCAACAUUAUCUACUGGACUUUCGUCUAUUGUCUAUGAUUACUUGAUUGCAACGCAGUGCGAUGUGAAAACACCAAAGUAUUACUUAGUACUUACGUACGAUUACGUAUCUGAGACUCCCUGAUUCUCUAUUAAGUGAUUAUGGAAGAAAUGUUUGAUUGAAAUCAUAGAUUGCAAUUAGGAUUUUAGAGUAAUUUAGAGAAUCUGGGUCUCUAUCGAACUCCAGACGUUGAAUAGAAUAGAAUUAUAAUGUACAUAAUUCUAUAAUCUAUAAUAUAGUCAGGGGCACAACUAACCGCCCUCUUUAAGAUGACGCGAUUAUAUUAAAGUGGGCGGAUAAUUUGUGCUUCUGAGUAUAUUAUAUUUGAGUAGGUAUAUUAUUACAAAACAUUUGAGCCCAAGGAGCGCGCGCUAGAAGAAUCACACUGAUGACGUCAUCGUUCCCAGUUUCCUCAUUACUUUUUCUUCGGGCGAUCGAAUAACUGUGAUUGUGCGUGAUAAAAAGUGAGGGCAAUGUUCCUAUUUAACUUUAUAUCAUUAUUCAUUUUAUAGAAGGAGGAGGAUUUCCUUACCGUUCCAAAAACUGUCCGAUUUAAUAAUGUUAAAAACGCUGUACAGUUUUUGGGAUAAUCCUAGAACCAAUUUCCGUUAUAAAUAAGUUUUUCAAAACUAAACAAUUUUCUCUCGAAUCGAAUAGGCAAAUCUUAAAUUGGCGUAGGUAUUUUUUUAACAUGAACUAAGUCAACGUUUUUGUCGCCUUUGAAGGUCUAGUGACUAGUAGAAUUAAAGGCAAAAAGUCAUUGUAAUUGCUAAGUCUUUUUAUGUGCCUAAACAGUGAGUUUGAAAGACGCCGCGAUGGCAAAAUUACUUAAUAAUUUUAACUUAUUUAGAAUUAGAUAUAAUUAAAUAACUUUGGAUGCCAUUUUAUUAGGAUAAAGGUCUGAUAGUCAUAAAAUACGUAAACCAUUUUUUGAACAUGUAUAUAUAUAGGUAUUUAUUUUUUUAGCAAUGUAGAUGUUUUCAAUUAUUAAUAGAAAACAGCCAUAAAUAACACAUUUUCAGAAAUCUUUGGAUUACUUAAUUAUAUGUACAGUGGUAGGUAUAUACCGCCUAAAUUAUCUCGGUGUACGAUUCAAAACAUGGACCACUUAAAGAUACACUACCACUUAUCAGUGACGUAACAUGGUUUGGAAGUUGGAGUGGUAACGUAUCGAAAUUGGACGGGGAUGGAUGGGAUGUUUUUGAUUUUAAGUCUGAUCAAUUCCUUUUAGAAAUUGAGCCUAACAAUUCAAAUUUAUUUCACAAAACAUUCUUCUUGCCUUUUUGGAAAUUGAUAUAUUUAAAUCAUCUAUAGCUGAAGACAAUUUCAGUUUGUCUAAAACACACGUUAAAGGCCACUGUAGAGGUGUAUGAUUCAAAAUACUUACGAGUAUAUAAUUAUUAAUUAUCCUGCUGAUUGGUGAAACUAUGUGUUCUGUGAUAUAUUAUCAUGGUAAAAUACGUCUAAAUACCCACAUUUUAAUAAUAAUCAUUUCAGUAUUAAGUUUGAAAUUGUUUGAGAGUUAAUUUAUAAUCCUUAUUAGUUACUUCGAAUUAAUUCAUUCCUUCGUUAACGUUAUUAAUUAGGCCGUAAAUUUUAAUUAUGUAAUUUUAAAAAUACGAGUACAACAUAGUCAAUAUUAGAAUAGAUUAGUGAUACAAAUGUAAUUUUUUAAAAUAGGCAUCUUGUAAUUAAUAUAAGAUUUUUUUUAUGUAAAAAAAAAUAUUGUACCUACCGUGUAUACCAACUAAUUUAAAAUUAUUUAUUUAAUA